AUGAAGUCUCUCCUUUUAGGCUCAGUUUUCUUGCUGGCAUCUUUCAUCCACGCGCACCCAGGACCACAUGCCCAACCCGAUCCCGUCCACUUGGCGCGCCGUGGCGCACUGGCGAAGAGAUGCUCCGACACAGUCGGCCUCAUGAAGAGGAAACGGCAUGCAAUGCGCCGACGGGCGCUCUCGCCCUCUGAGGACGACGGCCGCGGCACCACCACGUACACCAUCACAGCCGAUGCCCCCAAGUAUGAUUUCUUGAAGAAUGACACCUGCAUUUUGACGCCCGAGACUAGCACGGGGCCCUACAUUUACCCGCGGAGUCAGGUCCUACGUCAGGAUAUUGUGGAAGAUCAGGUCGGGGUGCCCUUUGUGUUAGACAUUGGGCUCAUGGACAUUCAUACCUGUGAGCCCUUGUCCAAUGCUUUGGUAGAUAUUUGGCACUGCAAUGCUAGUGGAUCGUAUAGUUCUUUCACUGGCUUGGAUCCAGAUAUCCCAUUUCAGGACCAGUACUUUGAAAGCACUGGUGAGCAACUCCCCGCCAAAAAUGAGGGCGAAAGUGAUACCUCAUUCCUAGCAACCGACAAUACAACUUGGCUUCGGGGCAUGUGGCCGACCGAUGACAAUGGUGCAACCAGCUUUACUUCUAUAUUCCCCGGAUUCUAUACCAACCGCGCUAUUCAUGUCCACCUGCAAGUGCAUACUGACUGGACUAUCACCAGUAAUGGCACCAUCGGUGGAAGUCGAACGGUAAACACGGCACAGUUGUUUUUCAACGAAGAUGUAGCUACCCAAGUCAUGGCAGUGCCGCCGUAUGCCUAUCACACCCAGAUUCCGCGGAAGCCAGUAUCACAGGACGGGGUCUGGUAUGAGGAAUCCUUGACGGGAGCCAUGACUAUCAUGGACACGGAGCCUCUGGAUGGCCAGGAUUAUGCGAACGGAGUUCUGGGAUACAUUACCUUGGGCGUGGAUACAACCGCAAUUCAUAAUGGCACCACUGAAAAUCCCAAUCCCUCUAUUCCGACCAGUGCAAGUGCAUAG